AAAUUGUGUAAUGAUUUUAUAGUGCUAAUUGAUACAUUUACAUGAAUAUAUAAGAAUGAGCAGAAUCAUUGAUCAAGUUAAUAAACAAACCAACGAGCUGAAUUAAUUAUAAAGUGUCAAUUGCUAAUAAUACAUUUAAAUUGUCCAACUUUUAUCCAAGAGGAAACAAAGUUAAUUAUGUUUCAAUUAGUAUUUACCUGUGUUUUAUUGUCUUUUGUUGGUGUUUCAUUUGGUGAUCAUCAUGAUCGUCCAGGUAAAUACUUGGCUCACGACCGGACAGUGGUCAAUUGUGCUAAAUACAAGCGAGAAGCUAAUCAACACUCGUGCGUCCUUUCAGCUUUCAACACUGAAGGACCUUAUUUCUUACCUGAUGAUUUAGAGCGAUCUAAUUUAGCUGAUGAUCAAAUUGGUAUUCCAUUCAAUUUAACAAUCCAAUUAGUUAAUUCCAAUGAUUGUAAUCCAUUGAGUAACAUGUAUGUUCACAUUUGGCAUGCAAAUGCCAUGGGUAUGUAUUCGGGAGUAGAUAAUGGUGAUCAAACUGGUGAGGGGUCGAAAAAUUUGGACAAACUUGACCAUGGAGGACCAGGUAAUCCAGGGUUUCUACGAGGUCGACCAACUCCAAUCAAUAAGUCACGAUUCGGUCGAGGUUAUCAGGUGACCGAUGCCAAUGGUCAAGUUCAUUUCAAGACAAUUAUGCCUGGUUGGUAUACUGGUCGGUGUUUACAUGUUCAUGUUGAAGUUUAUCCUCAAGAUACAACCUCCGGAAGUGACCUACUAUAUGUUGGUCAACUUUUCUUCCACCGUGAAUUACCCUAUGAACUUAAACUGGUUGACCCUUAUUCACAGAACAACCAAUUUUUAGUUCUUAAUGAAAACGAUGGUAUUUACAUUAAUCAUGGUAACGAAACUGUUCUUGAUCUAAUCGCCCAUGGAAAUAGUUUCAAAACUUCAAUCACUUUGGGCAUUAAUCCAGAUACUUUGAAAUAGGUUUUCAAUUUCAAUACUAAUCCAAUGAAUUCCUAACACUCAUAACAAUUAACUUGAUGUAAUCUCCAAUAACCGGGAUUUUAUAUUUUUUGAACUUUCGAACAUUAAUAAUAAACUUAUUCCACCGAUUA